AUGAUUAAGCAUCAUUUGAAAUUGAAAUUCCCAAAAUAGGAUGUGGUUUAAACUAAAUCUUCAACAAAAUCUACGUUCUACAUUGCCAGAAGGAUAGUAUAAAGCAAUAGUGAUAGAGCAAUCAAUUUCUUAAAAACCAAAGGCAUAGAUAAAACCAUCAAUGACAAAAAGCCAAAUCCAGCCUCCUCAAGGGCUUAUACUACAUCUCAUUACAGAAGCUACUCUACAACUCCAACGAAUAUUAAAGGAUAGUAAUCGCAAAAUUUGGAUGAAUAAGCCUAACCCUAUAAUACAGAAAGACAGUAAUCUAUUAGCUUCUUAUCAUCUGAAUUUAAAAUUCACACAUUACCUAAAUCUAAUAGAGUGGUGUCACUUUAUUAAAUAUCUCCUUAGGAAGUACCUAAAACUCAAGUUAUCAAUCCUGCUUUUGAUUAAGAGAAACAUUAUUAUUAAUCUUAAUUUCGUUCAGCAAAAGAAGUCUAAAACAAUAAGGAUGAUCUAAUAAAGAUAACUAAAUAUCACAAUGAUCUAAUUGACGAAAAUCUAAUUAUUAUGAAAUCAGAAUCAAAAAAAAGAUAACCGAUAUUUAUAAAUAUCACGUAUCAAGAAUAUGAAAAGAAAUCAAAAUAAGUAUUUAAGCGACAUCAAUAAGGAACAUAAAAAUAGCAGAUUUUUUUGUAGAAGGUGUUGAAGAAUAUUAAAGAUUCUUAAAGCGAAAAAUCAGAAUCAAAAACUUUAGUUAGAAAAUAUUCGAAAAUUUGGAAAGAAAAUUUUUCAUAAACCUAGUUUUAGGAGCAACAAAAAUAUUCAAAGUCUUCGUAAUAAUUUAAGUUGUAUUUUAAUCAAUUUGUUGAAAAAUGUCUUAAUAAGUUUCGUUUAUAUUAAUAAAUAAAUGAAUUUCUAGAUCUCAUUGAAAAAAAACAAGAAGAAAAUCAAAUAUAACUGGAGUCAGUUCAUGAUUUAAGAAGAUUCUAUAUUCAAAACCAUAACAUUAAAGUAACCCAUACAAAAAUAGAAGAUUAAAAAUUUAGAUACAUUAAAGAAAUUACUUCGUUUGGAAUGAUAGAUAUAUUGACUGAAGUAAAAGAUGAGGAGUUUUAAUCGUAAUAUUUUUUACAAGACUCACAACCAGAGAUAAUUGGGAAACAAAUAGAAUAUAUUUAACUUGAAAUGACAAAAAAUAAUAAUUACUAUUAGUUAUAUCCAAUUAUCAGUAAAUUGGACAAUCAAACAAAAAAUGCAUUGUUGUCUGUUGAAUCUACGGAUAUGGAUUAAAUAAUCUAUUAAAACAAUAUAGAUGAAUUUGUUCCGAACAUUAAUAAUAAAGAUAAUAAAUUAAGAAAGUUUAAUGCAUCACAGAUAUAUAAAAAAUAUCUAGAUAUAUUAAUAGGUAAUUAUUAAAAUAGUAAUGGCAUCAUUGAUCUUGAACACGAUAAUUAUUUACAAUAACAACAACAAUAAGUUCCCUUGAAUCUAGAUAAAAAGGCUAUGAUGAUGAAUCUUAGAAAAUAAACAAGGGAAGCAAAAAUUUAGGCCAGAAAAUCAGUAAUAGGCUUUUAAAAUGAAAGUUUAAAAGCUCCAAAAAUCUAAAUAAUGUAGAAGCAUCAAAAUAGUUUGCUUAUUCCAGAAAAAUAGGAUCGAAGAGUAAGCAGAUCUUUACAAAAUCUUUAAGAAAUUGAAUAAAUUUAAGAAGAUGAGAUUAAUCAAUCCAAUGAAAGUGACUAAGCAGAUGUCAUUUAAAGGUAUUAUAAAGAUAAACCUGUGAAAUACAAAUAAUAGAUAAGAUUGUAAAAUUUAUAGAUUUUUGAUUAUGCAAUUAAAUAAGAACAUUCAGGAAUUGCUGUGGUCUAAUUGAUGAUUGAACAUAAUUUACUAGAUGAAUUAAUAGAUUAUUUAAGAUAAAACCCAAACUUUUCUCUUAAUUCCAGAAAUGCCUAGGGAAAGCCGUUAAUUAUGAUUGCUGCACAGUCAGGAAAUAAGGAACUAGUUUAGUAUAUGAUCAAUUAAAAUGUUCUUUUAAAUGUUAAAGAUUUAGAGGGGAACACAGCACUUCAUUAUGCAAUUGCAUAUGGAAACUACGAAACUGCUGAUCUAUUAUUAUUAAAUGGAGCAAAUCCAUACUUUAAAAAUAGAAAUGGCUCAAAUCCAUGGAAUUAAAAUUAAUAAUUCCUACAAAAUUAAUGA